GAAAACACACGGCUUUUGUAUUGAGAAUCGUUAAAGCGUCAAAACAUUUCACAAUUCUGUAGUUACUGUCUAGGUUUUUCAUGCCUUCUCUGUGAUCAUGUGUGAAAAGCUAAGGAAGGUGAACAGCUGGUUGGGGGUAGUGUUUGGGGAUCAGCCAGUGCCACCGUUCGAGGUGAACACCAGGACAGUGGACAUACUGUAUCAGCUGGCUCAGUCCAGUGAAGCCCGCUGCAGUGAUACUGCUCUCCUCAUAGAAGACUACAAGCAGAAAACAUCAGAGUAUCAGGCUGACGCUGCUCACUUUGAGGAUGUUCUUCUACACGGUGUCGGCCUGUCUGGGGCAAGCUUGUCAAAGCUGACUGCAGACUACCUGUCUGCUUUAGUGGACAAUGCUAUGGUGCUGGGAGUGAAAGACACGUCACUGAGCAGCUUCAUGCCAGCAAUCAACAGCCUCACCGGUGGUCUUCUGGAAGUCGAGAAGUCAAACAGAAAACUCGAAAGGGAACUAAGGGCGCUCCAAAAAAGACUCGGUUCAAUUCUGGUGCUGCGGGGAAACCUACAAGAGGAUAUCGACAAAACUACCAAAUCUCAAGCAGUGGAGAGUGCGAAAGCAGAGGAGAGGCUGCUCAACAUGGACUUUGUGACAGCCAAGGCUCAAGAGCUCAGUAUCAGGCAGCAGAGGUCAGAGGCUCAGCUUGUAUCCAGGAACAUGGACAAGUCUAUCACCCACCAGGCCAUUGUGCAGCUUUCUGAGGAAGUCGGCGCACUGCAAAAUGAAAUAAUCCCCCUGAAAAAGAAGCUGGAGUCUUACAUGGACCUGAGCCCGAGCCCAUCUCUUGCACAAGUGAAGAUAGAAGAAGCAAAAAGAGAACUAGCUGCACUCGAUUCCAAACUUGAGACUAAGGUGGAUUUUAAAUGAAGUUGCAUGUUGCACAGUCCUUUCUUUAAAAAUAAAGUUUUUGCACCUCAAAGAAAAGCGGUUUGAGGUAUUUUGGGUCACCUAAAAGGAUACUUCUUGCCUCUCUCCUCUUUUGCCUUGGAACCUGAUUUAAGUAGAGGUUAAAUAUUUCAGAGAUUUUGGACACUCAUAAAAAGCUCCGACAGUAUCCAUAUUAGUUCAUAUACCUUGAACAUUUUUAUAUUUUACAACCUGUAUAACUAGCUAAUUUUGUCUUGUAUGUUUACCAACAAAACAUUGUUUGCAUGCUUGUCAGUGUCUAGAAAUGGGUAAAAAAAAUUUUAUAUGAUUUUAUCUUUCGUAUUUUAUGAUAAAAUAAUACUCUAGUUCUAAUGUGUAGCUGGAUGUAUAGUCUGUCUCCAGCCUUUCCUGUUUGUUUCAAACAUUGGCAACACUAAUGAAAUGUUUUGCUUUUCCUCUCUGAUCACAGCAAUUUAAUUGAGGGGUUGGUCUUAGAGUUGUAAAAAAUAGUCUUGACAGAUUAUACCAAAACAAGUUUUAAUCUGUGUGAACAACCUCAUCAAAUGCAAGUUCUUUUGUUUUUGUAAAUGUAUUUUUGUCCAGCUUCAUAUUACUUCUCAGCCCUUCUGGGAUCCAAAUAAGUUUUCCUCUUCCAUACAUCUUGUUUUUUUUUCUCAAAACCUCAGUAUUUUACCUUUAAGUCCAUUUGCUUUAAUGUAAUUCCUUAAAUGUCUGGUCAACAAGUCUAAAGGUAAAGAAAACCCUUUUGAGAUUUACAAUAAAAUGGUACUGGCUUUGGA